GUUUGUCUCUCUCUUUCAUCAGAGAACGUAUCUUAUACGUUGCUCUGCUUUCACCUCAUUUAUCUUUAAUUUUGUUUUUGAUAAGUCAAUUUGGAAACACACCGGUCAAAUAUAACAUAACAAAAGAAAUUUUUCUUUUUAAAAUUAACUUUUUGCAUAGCCGCGUUCGAAACUUAUUCCAUUUAGUGUUCAACAUGGAGGACCAGGCAUGCCCGCGCUGCAAAACAACAAAGUACCGCAAUCCCUCACUGAAAUUGAUGGUUAACGUUUGUGGCCACACACUUUGUGAAUCCUGUGUAGAUUUGCUGUUUCUCAAGGGUUCGGGCUCCUGUCCGGAAUGUAUGGUGCCAUUGCGACGCAACAACUACCGUGUGCAACUCUUCGAAGAUCCUAUGGUGGAAAAGGAGGUAGAUAUACGAAAACGUGUACUACGCGAUUACAACAAAAAGGAGGACGAUUUCGCUACGCUGCAAGAAUACAAUGAUUACUUGGAAGAAAUCGAAACUAUUAUCUACAAUCUGUGCAACAACAUUGAUAUAAUCGGCACGAAUAAACGCAUCGAAGCAUAUAGGCGUGAGAAUCGUGAUGUCAUACAAAGGAAUAAAACGCGUAUGGGACGAGAAGAGUACGAAUUGGAGGAAAUGCUUGAGUUGGAGCGUGCACAAGAAGAAGCGCGUAAACAGGAGUUGGCAGAACUUGAAACUGAACAAAAGAAAAAGAAAGCGCGCGAGAAGGAAGCGCUGAUCGAUGAACUAAUGUGCAGUGGUAAAGAUGCCGCCGAGAUUGUUAAUGAAUUCGCCGAAAAGGUAGAAAAAUUGCGCGAAGAAGAGAAGAAAUUGCCGCCACCCAAACCAGCUACACAAUUCUCGACAGGAAUAAAAUUUGGACGCACAGCGGACCAAAUGUUCUUACCGUUACCAAAGGCAGAAGAGGGACCACUGUAUGUGCAUAAAGUGCCCACGCUUUAUACGGAAGGCCCAGCUGCGCCGGCUAACGCCGAUAUCGAUAGCAAAGGUUUCAUUGCGCACAUAAGGCCGGAAAAUAGCGCUGAACGUGCCGGUGGCUAUAAAGCGAACUUAGCUUGUCAACGUGCAUUGCAAGAGGCAUUGAUGGGUCUAUAUUAUGGUGCGCCGAUGAUUAAUUGACAAGAAGUUGCAAAUAACAUUAUAAACGAAAAGCAUUUUCAAAGCAGCGAUUAGAUGAUGUUUUUUUUUUUUUUUGUAAACCAAAUAAAAGAAUUUCACAGUUUAAUUUAACAAAUUAUAGCAUAUACUGUUCACUAUAGUUAUAUAGAUAUAUUUAAUUAAGUAAUUUAUAAUAGGUUUACAAAACCUGCUACACAGAAAUGUUUCCUUAAAUAACAGCCGUAAAAUAAUAUGCAAAGUUGAAAUCUAUUUAUUUAAAGCA